AAAGUUUAGUCAGUGACCAAGAGUGUGGUGAACAAAUUCUGUUUCAUUCUGGCAUCACUUAUAUUUUUGGCAAAUAAAAUACAAAGAAAAAGAAACUUCAAAGUCCAAAAAAAGGAGCUGCAUUUAAAGAAAUAAUAAUAAUAAUUAAAACAAGUCUCUUGCGACGAAUAAUAUUUUGGACUAGGCUCUUGCACCGUAGAUGAACUUUGCGGUGGACCGACGACGAGUAUAAAAAACUCAUUAAAUUGAACAGAAAAAAAUAAAUAAAAUAAAGGCAGACAGAUCGGCCGAUCAUCUAUAUACUAGAGGCUCUCAUUCAUUAUAGAAUCGGACAUAUUCCGUACUGCCCUCUUAUAUAUGGCGACGAGCGGUUGCUGCGCAUUUGUGUUUGUCCUGAAAAAGAUUGACAUCAUUGGUGCCAGGGCGAUAAAUACAGUUGCAAUACAGAGCUGACUAAGUUGAGAAGCUGCGGAGAAUAUCUGCAAUAAUAUUGAAUAAAAUCGAGGGUAUCGACAGGAAAAGUAAAUUAUCAGUCCCCCCUAAAAGCCAAUAAAAUGCAGCAGCAACAUCAGUUUAAAGUAUCCAUUUGGCUUUGUGUGAUUUUGGCCAUGAUCCUAGAGCAGCAGAUGCCUGUUGAGGCGCGAGUUCGAGAUCUAUGCCAAGUGGUACCCAGCACGAGCGGACUGUGUGUCCCCAGCACACUGGGCAUCUACUAUGACCCGGAGACGCAACAUUGCCGCUUUAUGGGCUGUAGCAACAAGAGAUUAUUCACCAGUCUGGAGGAUUGCGACAAGAUCUGCAACAAUGCAAGACACGUGAAGAGACGCAACAGAGCAAAGACCAAUGAAACCACGCAAUGAAUAUACACAAAUAUUUAUAAAAACAAAACAAAUAGUCUUUGUUAUUAAUUUAAGCGGAGUGCUUUAUUAUCACUAACAUUCGCCUAGGGUAGAGCUUUUUUUUAUUACACUAAAAAAGAAAAAGGAGUAUCUUAAAUACUUUGAAAUAUAUACAAGAUUGUAGGACAUAGCUUUGUGAAAACUUAAAAAUAUUUACGGUAGUACUUAGAAAAAAAUUCACAAUUCAAGUGGAAAACUUUACUUUAUUUUGAAACAAACCUCUAAAAGCUUUGUUAAAUAAUAAACCAUAGAAGCUUUAUAAAUUGAA